GGGCUCCAGACCUCGUGGUUUCCUGUCAUCGACCCCAAGAUGCUACUAGUUUACUAGUACAUAAGGAAGUCACGCCGUCUUGCGGUCCCUCCUUUUGCCUCUUCUCUUUCCCUUUUUUUUUUUCGAAUCGGACAGCCUUCAUUCCUUCCUUUUCUGGGUACUCUUGUUCCUGCGUAUAUAUCUACGCAUCGUCCUUCUUUUUUACUAUCCUACUAAGUUCACUCCUUUAACCAUCAAACUUCCGUCGAAGGCUUUCCCGUCUCGCUGUAUCUUGUAUUGCAUAUCAUACCAGCAUCGACCUUACCUCGACAUCUUCAACUACCUUUUUCGGAUUACCAAAUCGCCUUUUAACAAUUUCAUCAAAAUGCGUUCUGUCUUCUACUUGACUCUCAGCGCCCUGGCGUCCCUCGCUGCGGCUGCUACCGGUGCCAACCCAUUCAACAUCCCCUCCGAGGGUUACUCGUUCGAGACUGGUGAGCCGACCACGCUCACCUGGGAGCCUACCACCAGCGGCACCGUCACCCUGAAGCUUCAGUGGGGUGCUGUGAUGACUGCAAACUCGGGUACUACCAUUGCCAAGAACAUUGCCAACUCGGGCAGCUUCACAUGGACGCCUCCUGCCAACCUCGCCGCUAAGCCUGACUACACCAUUGAGAUCUUCAACGACGAUGACACCAGCGAGUCCACUAGUGCCUCCGCGAGCGCCACUGGCACCUCGACCGGCACUUCUACCGGCUCUGCCUCGACCUCCACCGAGGCUUCCAGCACCACCUCCGCCAGUGCAUCGACCUCGACUACCAGCGUUCCCAACGUCAAUGGCGGUAUGGUUAACCGCGUCUCUGGCGGCAUGCUGGCGAUCGUCCUAGGUGCCAUUGCCGUCCUGUGAGCUUCCUCCGGACUCCAGCCGGCGAUCUGACCAUACUUUAUUAAUCAGAUAGUUCUUAACU